GAUGGCAGCAAAGGGAGGCGUGUGCUGGACACAAACUCAUGCCAGUAUCCGAAAACGGUACAGAAGGUGUGAUGAGCGAUGGGGAUUUGAAUGGAGACGAACUGGGCGGAUCUUGAAACGGCUCGAAGCCUCGACGACCGCCGGGCCCGUCCAGCUUGCGACUCCAUCAGAAGAGAGACUGUCCAUCCAUACGCCCGAUUGCCCAUGACAGCAAGAUGGGGAGAUGCAGUCUACCGCGCCGACGCAGGCCAAUUGGGGAGAAUGCAUGGGGAUCCGCGCUUGUUGCUUUUUCCCCUUGAAGGACAACUCAAAAGCAAGCAAUUGCACUCGCAGUCGCAGUCGCAGUUGCAGCAUUCCUGACGGACUGGUCUCAUUCCGCCCACUCUUCCGCAGAGGCUCGAUCUCGACGCAUUCAUCAGUUGCUCUGAGAGUCUCGGCUUCUCCAAUUCCACUCGGAAGAUGCCGACCGGCUUCAUGCCCUCUGCCCGUUUCAAAAUCGACUACAAUUCGACGCAUUACACACAUUCUGUUUCUGCCCUCAAUUGGCUGCCUUCCCUACUGUUCCCGCUGCUUACUCCCGGGUCGUGGUUUUUGGGUUGUCGCGGGUCCCCGAGCAAUUGAGUUGUUCAUCUCUAGUUUUAGCUCCAGCAGAUACCCAUUUCCUGUCACCGACAUUUCGGUUCAGCAAUCGAAGAUCACGGGCGACUGUGGGUUCCUCCUUGGUGUGAUCUAUCGUUACACGCCGUUUCUGAACAGAUUUACCGGUUCCUGGGAACCAAAUUGGGGCUCAAUAAUGUUGCGUGGCGAUUGAAGCACCCAAUAAUUGCAAAUUGCAAUCCUGCUAUCAGCUCGGAAGUCACCGUUUCGUGGCGAUUCGGUAGCAUAGCCACGGAGACUGUCGGCAGAGGCAACGCCUGGAGGUGGCCACAGGCCGCACAGCCAAGUACAAUUUGACGAACUAGAUCGAGCAAUUAUUCCUUCAACCUUCCCGGCCGCUGUAAAUGGGUCGAUGGCGACUCG